AUGUCUGAUACGGCCGGUUUUAAUAACGAAUCGAUUAACGAAAGUUAUACAUACAGUAUUUCAUCCGAUCAGGUGCAUAGUAUGGACUCGAGCUCUACAGACAAUCUUCCAUUAAAUCAAACAAUUAUUACAGACUCGGGUCACGCAAACAUGAGUAGUAUGGACUCCAACGACAUCUAUUUCUAUCAACCUCCUAGUCAAGCUAUUUUUCCUUCUGAUACCGGUCUUCUCGACUACACGUAUAACAACGACUCAACAGAUGGAAAUGGGCCAUUGAACAGUGAAAAUCGAGUAAACUAUUCGACGAUAAAUUAUAAUUUGAAUGACUGCAAUCCAUCCUCCGUCUCUUAUCCUAUCGUCCAAUUAAUUCAAACACCUUCUAGAUCUUCAGCUCUUCUGAGCAACUAUGACUUGAACAACAACCGUGAACCCUCGAUUCGUCAUUCUCUCUCCCAAACAGUGGGUCAAACACAAUCUACUCCUACCUUUUCAAACAACGCAAGCAUGAUGACAAACGCUACGAGUCACAGACAAGUAAUAAUUAUUAUGAAUGCUGAUAUUAACGUGGAAAGAUUAUUGUCCAUUAUUCAAUCGUGUGGGAGGGUAGAAAAAAUAUAUAUAUAA